AUGGCGCUGGGAAUGCAGACAGCCAAUGCCCGCUUCGUCUGUGGUCGAUGCCGUCUAGCUUUAAACCUAGCUGCAAAAGGGAGACGGUUUGCGUCCACAGCUUUGGAUUCCCCGGAGAUCUACGAUGUUGUCACGGUCGGUGGUGGUCCAGCCGGACUUGCGCUUCUUGCAGCGUUGAAGGCUUCACCCGUUACGGCACAUUUGAAAACAGCAUUGAUAGAAACUCAAGAUCUAACUAAGACCCGCCAGUGGAGCUUAUCAAAAGAUCAAUUCUCGAAUCGUGCCAGCAGUCUGACACCCACUUCCGUGGCGUUUCUGAAAAAUACAGGCGUCUGGGACCAUGUCGAUCAAUCACGGGUCCAUGCGUAUGACGAAAUGCAGGUGUGGGAUGCUGGGAAUGAUGCGACUAUACAAUUCGACUGGCGCAGCGAAUCACAGAGAUAUAAUGCACCACCACAGACGGUUGCGACCAUGACAGAGAACGCAAACUUGACUCGAGGCCUGCUUGAGCGUCUUGCACAGCUUGACGCAGAGACUUCACUCCUGUCAAGUACCAGUGUCUCGUCAAUUCAACAUGGAAAGGACGAUCCGGAAGGAAUUAAUUUAUCGACAUGGCCUGUCCUAGAGCUUGACUCCAAAGGGGGCGCGAACGCAACUAUGAACACCACAACCAAGACCAGCAUCGCAGCGCGACUUCUGAUCGGAGCGGAUGGGUUCAACAGCCCAGUCCGAACAUUCGCCGGCAUCAACUCCAAGGGAUGGGACUACAACCGUCAUGGCGUGGUAGCAACAUUGAAAGUACAAACCACCGAGCCAGAAGCCCAAUCUUACGACAAUAUCUUCGAUGAUGAAGCUCCUUCCAACCGCGCAACAGCAUACCAACGCUUCCUACCACAACUAGGCGGCCCGAUCGCCAUCCUCCCACUUCCCAACAACAAAGCCUCACUUGUCUGGUCCACAACUCCACAAAACGCAGCUUACAUCAAAUCACUCCCUCCAGCAGCGCAAACCGCCAUGAUCAAUGCAGCGCUCCGCCUCUCGCAGACCGACCUGCAAUACCUACUGACCCUCGACGCCUCCAAGCCAGAAACCCACGCCUCAGAACUGCAUUGGCGCCUUCAACACACAUCCCUCCCAUCAACGUUAUCCAGGUCCCCACCAAUCAUAACUGGCAUCCAGGAGAACACCCUGGCCUCCUUCCCCCUCCGUUUCCGGCACGCCACAGCCCUCGUCUCCCCGCGUGUCGCAUUGCUUGGCGACGCGGCGCACACGAUGCACCCGUUAGCUGGCCAGGGCCUGAACCUAGGUCUCGCGGACGUGAAGUCCCUCACCGAGACGAUUGCGUAUGCCGUCGAGCACGGCAUGGAUAUCGGGGAUAUGAUGGCGCUGGAACGCUACUCGGCAGAUCGCUUCGGGAAGGGCCUACUACUUUCUGGUGGUGUGGAUCUGCUGAAUUCGCUGUAUCAGCUUGGUGGGAAUGCAGAGGGCACGGGUCUGCUCGGAGGUGUGCUCAGUCGCGCGAGAGGGCUGGGAAUGCGUGCUAUUGACGCUGGAUGGGUGCCGGGCCUGAAGGGGUUGAUCAUGAAGCAGGCGAACUAA